UUCCGCUAUGCUGUCAUCGACAUUGACUGUAGUACCGGUGACCAACUUUAUGACUUACUGGUUGAUAAUGGCUUCAACAGUUUUGUAUUCUUGAAUAGCCUAAAGGAUCACCCGGAUUUCCAGCGAUCCUCUAAGAAGGAAUCAGCGCCAAAAACACCAGAAAAGCAGCAGAAGCAAGAGUUAGGAUCUGGGAUCACUAAUUCCCAAACUCAGAGUGGAAAAGAUCCACCUUCUCCUUCGCUUUUUAAAGCGGCUAAGGAGGAGGGCACUGAUGUCGUCGACACCCCUGAUGAAAUGCCUUUUUUUGAGGAAGUUUCUGCUGCAGAUCUUCUUGGAGGAUCUGAUGAAAGAUCGAAAUCUCCAAAAAGUAGAAGUGAUGCUUUAGAUAUGAGGGAAUCAUCAGGGCCUAGCUCUCCUCUGGAGCAGGUCAGCUUUGACAAGGAAGUUGAGCCGCUCUGCGCCGUCGAUAGACCGGAUUCAGAUGCAGAACUUCUGGAUUACAUUGCAAUUGAGCAAGUGAACAAACCCACAUCAAAGAUGACACCUAAAGGAGCUUUUGUCAAGUGCUUGCUUUGCAAGAACAUGAUUAUGGUCUCGAGGUGA